CAAAACUUAUUCUUCGCAAAAACGACAUUUUCGCCAUUUGUGAGAAUAGGUGUAGUUCUUGACUAAUUUGGAUGAACAAGGUCUCGUUUGAAGACGAAGGUUCAAUUUAGGACACCUUUACCGAAUUUUAGAAAAAGCUUUUUAUUUGUGUAUAAACUAUUCUCGAAAAAAUACCAUUUUUUAACAUGAUUUUUAAAAAAAAAAAUGAAACUUUCGAAACUCCACCGGAACAGCAGUGUUAGACCUUCGUCUUUAAAAUGAGACCUUGUUCAUUAAAAUCGGUCAAGAAUUAUGCCUGUUCUCAUUAUUCGUGUAAACCAUUAAAAAAGCAAGAGUAGUGAACAGUCUUAAUAUAUUUUAUAUAAAUUAAUAUAGUUGAUUUAUCCAAAUUUAUGCAACAAAAUAAAUACGACACAAACUAGAUAUAUGGCAAUAUGGAGUAUAUUUGUGAGGACGCGCAGAGUUCCAUGCGCAAAAUCUUGCAAUGAGUAUAUUACUAAAUAUAUAUAUAGUUAUCUAUGCGUCAUACAAGAUCGCUGUCAAAAGUUUUUAUCUUUGGUGUAGAAGUUACUGCAUAAAAUUUUAUAAUUAUCAUAAAAAAGUGUUUGAGACUAAGAUAUAUUAACAGCAUUUUUUAAGCCAAAAGACAUGGAACAAACAGGUGAUCGUCCUCAGUGGCUUAUGGAAUUGGAAAAUCGAAAAAGAAAGCCCCGUUUAGCGCAUGAAGCCGGAGCAGGAGCACCAUGCAUGAUAUGUAACGCUUUGUGUCCUGGUUUAGAUUUACAUUUUUGGCGAAAAACUUGUAAAAUUUGUAAAUGUAGCAGAGAUGAUCAUGAUGUUGUCAAUGAUGAUUUUCCUCAGUUCGAUUUAUUAUUUGGUCCAUCUGGAAAAUCAAAAAGAAAACCUAUGUUAUUGGUUAUAUCCAAUAAAAAGCAAACUAAUAGUGAAACUGUAUUUGACUGGAUACCACCAGAUACAACUAAGGAACUUGCUGUAGAUUAUAUGAAUGCUUUACCAGUAGAAAAAUUACCUAUUUCUGGAUCAACUGGUGCAAUAUUAAGAAAACAAUUACUACAAAAACAAUUGCCGUUACACGAUAUUGAUCAUAAAGCGUGUGAUAAACUAAGUGAAGUAGAGAAAAAAGAGUUGGAAAAUUAUGUUGAAAUUUUGAAAAAAUAUGCAGGACAGGGCAAAGUAAUGAAGAUGUUAGGUGCACGUCCGUUUGAUCGGUCAUUAAUGACACCAAUUAAUGCUACGGAUAUGCAACGUUUCAAUUCACAACAAAAAUCACAGGUAUCUGUGACUAUACCACAACUUCGAACACCAAGCAGCUUUACAAAAAAUAUUCCAUAUUUAAAAGUUCCUUUUGAAAAUAGACCAGAUCCAAAUGUUAACAUGGAAACAAAGGAUAAUGAAAGAAAUGUUUUAGAUAAUAAAUGUUCAAAGCCAGCCUCAUUUCAUAAAUUAGUGAAUUCUUCUGUAACUGCUUACGAUGCAAAUUCAGAAUUACCUGUAAUUUGUCAGCAUGAAUUUUGUGAACCUCUUCAUUGCAAGUACACAGAAAUCAAUCCAUGUGCUUUGCCAACAACAAAUCAUGAUAAAUUUAAACAUAUAGAGCAGAAUACUGUGCCUCAUAAAAGCAAUGUUGAUCUUCAGAUAGAACCAUCCAAUACAGAGACAUCUGAUAAACAACCAGAAAUGAAUCUCCUCGAAGUUGCAGAUAAUAUUUUAGCAAAUGCAUUACUUCCACCUAGUGCAAUCAAUGUACAUGACAUUGUUAGUAGUACUUUAGAUAAAAAGGAAUUAAUGUUUAUACGCGAUAAACUCAAUAGCAAGUACGGUAUGCAAGAUAAUUCACAAGUUAAUCAUGCACGAAAUUUCCCACAUAAUAAAGGAGUGGACAAAGCAGUCAUUAUGGACUCUCAAAAAAAUCUUUCACCAAGUGGAUCUACGCCUAAAAGUAACGUAGUAGAUGUGACAAAAAAUGAUCCUCAACAUGGAGUUAAACCCAUAACAGCAGAAAAACUUGUAUCAAAGCCUGUUUCAGAAAUGGUUCAAUCUACUUGUGCUAGUAAUAUUGCACCAACUUUUAUUCAUGAUAAAGCAAGUUCUAUACAUACAAGAAAUAAACCAUCUGAUACUAUUUCACACUCAGCACAAACACAUAAUAUUAUAAGUAAUGCAAAUUCACUUGAAAACAAACCAAUGUCAUCUAUAAAUGCACAAGAUAAAUAUAAUAUUGAUCAUAAAGAAGUGCCUAAGAAAUCUGUAUCGUCUACAUUGCCAUCUGAUAUUGAUAAUACAAAUUGUAUAAAGGGCAAAUUAAGUGGCAUCAAAAAUGUACAAUCGGCUAUUUCUUAUUCUGAGAAUUUACAAAAUCAAGUAUUCCCAUUCGAGGCAAACUGCAAAAUGAACCAGUCCACAGAAAACCAACUAGAUAUGGAUUCUGUUAAUGGAGCUGUGAAAGGUUUAACUAUUGAAUCUUCAAAACCACAAAAUUGCGAGAAAUGUCGAAAAGACAUUAAUAUUGGUGAUGUAGUUGUAACUGUGGAUAAAGCUAAGAAUAUAUUAUGGCAUCCAGGAUGUUUUGUUUGUUCUGUAUGCAAUGAAUUACUCGUUGAUCUUGUAUAUUUCUAUUAUAAGAAUCAAUUGUAUUGUGGUAGAGAUUUUGCAGCUCUGUUAGGGAUUCCAAGAUGCUUCGCUUGUGAUGAGUUAAUUUUCGUACGAGAAUAUACCGUUGCUGAAGGCCAUAAUUAUCAUGUAAAACACUUUUGCUGCUGGGAUUGUGACAUUCCAUUAGCUGGCCAACAGUAUAUAUCUGAAAAUGAUCACCCUUUGUGUCUUCCUUGUUAUCAGAAUACAUAUGCAAAAACUUGCAAUGCAUGUAAUGCAGUGAUUGCAGCUGAUCAACAAGGUGUUGCUAUAAAAAAUUUAAAUUUUCAUGCAAUUGAAAUGUGUUUUUGCUGUUAUAUGUGUAAAAAAUACUUACUAAAUAGUAGAAUGGCAGUCAAAGAGGAUAAACUAUUUUGUAGUAAGGAUUGCAUUUCCAAGUUUUCUAACUAAUUGAAAAAUAUUACAUAUAAUUUGAUAUAAUUCAAUAUUAUCAAAAUACAAUCAAAUUUGUAUUUCUUAUAUUUGAUAAUAUUUUACUACAGCAAAACAGUUUUAUUUACCAUUAUGCCAUACUAAUAUAAGUACAUUUUUAAUAAUAUAAUAAUGUUUACAACUAUAUAUAUCAUAAAUAACAGGAUUCAUUAAUAAUGCAUUUAUAUAAAAUUCAUAAUUAAUGCAUACAAAAGUAUGCAUUUUUAUUUAAUCCUUUAGUUUAUAUAUAAAUAUUUUUGACAUUUAUUUUCAUCGAAUACAAUUAUUCUAAACUAUAAAAAUAAUUAAAAAUUUGUUUUAUAUUUCGACUUUUUUAACAUUCUAUUUCUUGGUUAGAUAAAUGGCUAAAAACAUAAUAAAAAAUCAAAAUAUCACUUUUGAAAGUAUAGUGAUUUAAUUUUAUCUAGACUAUUUAAUUAUAUCUUAGACUUUUUAAGGAUUAAAAAUAUGGUUAAUAUACUAGAAAUUAAAGUAUAAUCGUAAAACUGAUAUUUUUCAUUACGAUAAACAUACGAUAUAAUCUGUAGAGCAGUGUUUCUCAAGCUUCUGACGUGCGAUCCAAUGUUUCUAAUGGUUAAAUAAUUCUAAUGUUUAAUAUACGCGGUCCAAGUGUUUAUAAUAUACAAUUUAAAAAAAUCUGAUAUACUGGAACAAUUGUGUUUUAAGAUACAGCUGUGACUUUGGUAUCUCGUGAGAGCAUUUUACAGUAAUUUUGAGAAACGCUGCUACAGAAUAUUAUAUAGAUUGAGAUAAAAGUAUGAUUGAAACACUGAUAUUUUUCAUUAAGAUAAACACACAAUAUAAUUUAUAAAGCAGUGUUUCUCAACCUUUUGCCGUGCGAUCUAAUAUUUAAUUCUAAUGUUUCAGUAAAUCUAAUGUUUAAUGAUGCGGUCCAAAUGUUUAUAAUUUACAAUUUUUAAAAAUCUGAUAUAUUGGAACUAUUGUGUUGUAAAAUACGGCUGUUACUUCGGUAUUCUCGUGAACUGGCAAGAGUAUUCUACGAGAAUUUUGGGAAAUGCUGCUACAGAAUAUCACAUAGAUUGAAAUUAAAGUAUAAUCGUAACACAGAUAUUUUUCAUUACGAUAAAUACACGGAUAUAACUGUAAAGCAGUGUUUCUCAAUCUUUUGCCGUACAACCCAAUAUUUCUAAUAUUUCAGUAAUUCUAAUGUUUCAAUAAUUCUAAUGUUUAAUAUAUGUGGUCCAAAUGUUUAUAAUAUACAAUUUUUAAAAAUCUGAUAUACUGGAACUAUUGUAUUGUAAGAUAUAAUGGCUGCUACUAAGAUAUUCACGUGAACUAGCAAGAGUAUUCUACGAGAAUUUUGGGAAACGCUGCUACAGAAUAUCAUAUAACUUCCAAAACAUAAAAUAUAAAUAUUCAUUGAAAAGAUUUCUAUUUUUACGUAUCAAAUAAAUUUCAUAAAAAUACUUUUUAUCUUAUUACAAAAAUGCCAAAAAUACAUUUUUUUUUUGUAAUACGAUUAUUACUUCUCAUUAAUGUAGAAUUAUAUUUAUAAAUAGAUAUAAGAUACAAUUACACGCACACUCAUACAAACAAUUUAUAUAAAUAAAUAUUACAUAUACAUUACUCAGAGUCACUGUCAAUGACAGUUUGAAUUCUUUUAUACGUGCUGCGAGCUUCACGAUAUCGUGACGGAGUUUCUGGUAAGACUAAGGAGUUCUUGUUAGUAUUUAUACCUUUACGAGAACGUGUAAUGCGCCCUGUAAAAGAAAAGAAAAUGUAAUAUAAAAAAAUCUCUAUCUUUGUGUGUAUGUGUUAAAUUAUCAUUUUUUACAAAAUGUAUGUAAUUUAAAUAGUAAUAAUAAUAAUAAUAAUAAUAGGCUUAAAUUUAAAGAAAUUGCAAGAAAGUGAAAUAACCUUCUGAUAUAAUAUUACUCUUAUCCAAUUCAGAUACUUCUUUUAAUCUUUCAUUGCGUUCUUUCACUUUUUUACACUUCUCUAAAGUUGGUCUUCCAUGAACUCCAUGUUUUUCAAGCAAUGAUUUUAAUCGUCGUACUCUCGCAGCAUUAGAUUUGCAUCCACUCCAUAUUUCUUGAUAUGAUUUCACAGCUAUACCAGCUGUUCUUAUAUAUUUUUUUAAUGAUUGUAUCCUCUUAUCAUCUUCAGGUCUCUAAAAUAACAUAUUAUAUUAGAACAUUGUAUUAUGCAAUAAACGUAUAAUAGUUGCAGCUA